UUAUCGCUCAGUUUUCAAAUUGCUCUCUCACAUCACAAAAUGUUCCUACCGAUAGUAGUCGCCCUACUGCUCCUCGUAACGACCUUCUACAUCCACAGCAAAAGACCAAACCCACCAAAAAUUUUCAACGUAUAUUCGCAACCGGGAAAAUGGUUUUAUUUAAAAUUUGCCGCAUUCUACCUCCUCGUAUGGACAAGACGACUCAAAUCGAAAUUACGUAAAGGAACUCCCGUCCAUGAGUUAGAAAAAAUGAAACCGUUAUCCGACCAUGAAAAGGCAUUUGAUGCAACAUUCUUUCAAGCCGUUUCCCAGAAUGGUUUCUUUUUUUGCGGCGGUAUCGAACGACGACAUCGAGCUAAAGCUAAUGGGUUAUUCUAUAUAGCGGUACCGGAAUUGGGGCUCCUGGAAAGUGAGAAAUUACCAAGCACUUUACUUGAAUCUGACCCGGGGUCAGUUUUGUUACUUAAAGAUUAUAGCGCGGAGGGGAUUUCUUUCACACCGGUGGAGCCCAUGAAAAAAUGGCACGUGGCUUACAACGGAAAAAUGAGAAUACAAAACGAACCCCAUAAAUUUGUCAGUGUUAAACUCAACGGCGACUGGACAUCGAAUUUGCCUCAUUUUCUCUUUGAGAGUGACAUAAAUAUCAAAUGUUUGGCUAAGGCCAUAGCGAGAGAGACUUGGAAUGAGGAGCUCUUCAAGGCACUAAAAUCAGCCCACCAAACUCACUACGAACAAAUGGGUUACUUUAACGGGACUCUGAAGGUUGGGAAUAAGACAUAUACGUUAAAGAUGGAUGCUUUCCGGGAUCAUAGUUUCGGUUAUAAAAGAGACUGGACUUUGAUGCACCGUUACGCUUUUCACAUGUUGUACUUAAAAAAUGGUACAAGAGUGUCUUUUGGAGUGGUAAGUCAACCUUGCACAACGUCGCUCUUGGAGAUGGGAUACAUAGUUUUACCUGACAAGUCAAUCCAUUGCAUCGAUUCCUGCGAUUUACUUCUAUACCAACAUGGUGAAAAUGGCACUCCUGGGACCAGUUACGCUUUCUCGUUCAGCGCAAAUAAUGAGACUUACGACGCUAGAAUUAAAGUAAUUUAUGAAUCAGUCCAUUUUAAAGGAAACAACAUUGAAGCACGAUUGAUUGAAAGAUUUAUAGAGUGUGAAGUGAAUGGGAUGCCGGGAAAAGGUGUCUCUGAAUGGCAAUACAACAAUAUGAAAAACCUUCGUAAAGUAUAAAAAUAUUCUUAUUUAAACUUGAAAAAAUAAAACAAUAUAAGUGAAAA